AUGCACUUCGCCGUGCCUGCAGCGCUGAAAAAAGCAACUCGCCGCGCCUGCAGCGCGGAAGACGCACUUGGCCACGCCUCUCAGCUGGCAGUGCCGAGCCUCUCACCAGGCAGUGCCGAGCCUCUCAUGGCGCGCGAUCCGCCGCCUACCACGUGGCGCGCGAUCCGCCGCCUGGUGAUGCCGCUGCCUGGUGGGAGAGGCAACAAAAAAGGUGCGCGUAAUUACUUCAAAUAUAAGGACGACGAUGACAAGUACGGGAACAACAACGAGGACGCGGAGGAGGAGGAGGAGGAGGAGGAGGAGGAGGAGGAGGAGGAGGAGGAGGAGGAGGAGGAGGAGGAGGAGGAGGAGGAGGAGGAGGAGGAGGAGGAUGCGGAGGAGGAGGAGGAGCAGGAGCAGGAGCGGGACAUCACCAUCGAGCAGCAACAGAACAGGGGUGACAACGACCAGGAGGGCGACGACAACGAGGCGGAGGAGGACAAGGAGGAGGAGGAGGAGGAGGAGGAGGAGGAGGAGGAGGAGGAGGAGGAGGAGGAGGAGGAGGAGGAGGAGGAGGAGGAGGAGGAGGAAGACGACGAGGACCAGGACGAAGAGCAGGAGCAGGAGCAGGGGCAGGAGGAGGAGGAGGAGGAGGAGGAGGAGGAGGAGGAGGAGGAGGAGGAGGAGGAGGAGGAGGAGGAGGAGGAGGAGGAGGAGGAGGAGGACAAGGAGCAGGAGGAGGAGGAGGAGGAGGAGGAGGAGGAGGAGGAGGAGGAGGAGGAGGAGGAGGAGGAGGAGGAGGAGGAGGACAAGGAGGAGGACGAGGAGGAGGAGGAGGGCGACGAGAAAGAAGACGACAACGAUGAGGUGGAGGAAGACGAGGAGGAGGAGGAGAACGAGGAGGAGGAGGAAGACGAGGAAGAGGAGGAGGAGGAGGAGGAGGAGGAGGAGGAGGAGGAGGAGGAGGAGGAGGAGGAGGAGGAGGAGGAGGAGAACGAGGAGGACGAGGAGGAGGAGGAGAAGGAGGACAGUGAUAAGAAGCAACCGGACCAGCACAAGCAGCGAAUGGUAGUAGUGAGCAUCUGCCUCGCCAUCGAGCAGCAACAGAACAGGUGUGACAAGGAUGGUGAAGGUGACAACGACGAGGAGGAAGAGGGCAGGGAGGAGGAAGACGACGACGAGGAGGACCAGGACGAGGAGCUGGAGCAGGAGCAGGAGCAGGAGCAGGAGCAGGAGGAGAAGGAGGAAGAGGAGGAGGAAGAGGAGGAGGAGGAGGAGAAGGAGGAGGAGGAGGAGGAGGAGGAGGAAAAGGAGGAGGAGGAGGAGGAGGAGGAGGAAGAGGAGGAGGAGGACGAGGAUGAGGAGGAAGACGAGGAGGAGGAGGAGGAGGAGUAG